AGAAAAGAACUCUCCUCUAGAUGGAGAGAGAGACACUUCCAACCUUCUUCAAUUCACCCAAAAAAAAACAGAUAGAGAGAGAACACUGUGGCCUCUCUCUCGAGAGAGGAGAGAGAGGAGAGAGAUGACUGAUCAGAAGAAAAAGCCCAAGGCAGUGAUAGUGGGAGGGAGCAUAGCAGGGGUAUCAUGCGCACACACGCUCAUAUUAGCUGGGUGGGAUGUUGUGGUGGUAGAGAAAUCAUUUGCAGCCCCAACUGGAAGCCCAACUGGGGCAGGACUUGGCCUUGACCCUCUGGCUCUAAAACUCAUUCAGUCAUGGAUCAAAGAGCCUGAGCUUCUCAACAAGGCCACUCUACCCCUCACAAUUGAUCAGAAUGAUGCAAUAGAUGGUGAGAAAAAGGUAAAAUGGACAUUAACUAGAGAUGAGGACUUCAACUGUAGAGCAGCACAUUGGGCUGACCUACAUGCCCUUCUGUACAAUGCUCUACCACCAAACUUGUUUCUCUGGGGUCACCAUUUCCUAUCUUUCACUGUUUCUAGUGACAAGGGUUCAGUUAAAGUGAAGGCCACAUCUCAUCAAACGAAUGAGAUCAUCGAAAUCGUAGGCGAUUUGCUUGUUGCAGCAGAUGGGUGCCUCUCCUCUAUCCGCCAAAGUUUUGUCCCUGACCAUAAACUGAGGUAUUCAGGUUAUUGUGCAUGGAGAGGCGUUCUUGAUUUUUCAGGAAAUGAGAAUUCAGAAACUAUAAUCGGCAUCCGGAAGGCAUACCCUGAACUUGGGAAAUGCUUGUACUUUGGCUUAGGUUCUGAAAGUCACACUGUGCAAUAUGAGCUUCUGAACCAGAGGCUCAAUUGGAUUUGGUAUGUCCACCAGCCAGAACCUGAUCUGAAGUGUAACUCGAUGACCACGAAAGCAGGCAGUUACGUGAUCCAGAAUAUGCACAAAGAAGCAGAGAAGGUGUGGCUUCCAGAGUUUGUGAGAGUGGUCAAAGAAACUAGGGACCCUUUCAUCAAUGCCAUAUAUGACAGUGAACCCUUAGAACAAAUCUACUGGGAUAAUGUGGUACUAGUUGGAGAUGCGGCUCAUCCCACAACUCCUCAUGCCGUAAGAAGCACGAACAUGUCGGUAUUAGAUGCUGCAGUGCUAGGCCAAUGCCUGAAGAAGUGGGGAGCAGAAAAUUUGCAAUCAGCUCUUGAAGAAUAUCAGUCGAUUCGGCUACCAGUUGUAUCCAAACAAGUCUUGCACGCAAGGCGAAUGGGUCGGAUUAAACAAGGCCUGGUUCUUCCUGAUCGACCGUCUUUCGACCCCAAGACUGCUAAUUCAGAGGAAUGCCAAGAGCUUCAACAGAGACUCAUGCCCUUUUUCAGUGAUGUUCCUGCCAUACUACUUUGAUUUAAAUGUUAUGCUCCCGGAAAUCGACCAGACAAAUUGUCCUUCCAAUUCGGUUGCUGAGAUUUUAACAGAAGAAUACCACUCCUUUUUGUAUUUAUUUUGAUGCAAUGCAGCCAAUAAAGCAUGAUCUCUGUUUGAGUUUUGUGUUCAAA